UCUUUUUCAUGCUGACAAAAAAUAGCUGCUAUGACUUUUCCGGCAACGUGGACAGGGGCCAAGUGAAGCGAAACUGGUCAUGAUCUGUCGUCUAAUGUUCCUCUGUCGUCGGCGAUUUUGCUCCCGGCCCUUCUUGGUGGGCUUGGUGGUGGCAAUCUGUCUCUUCUACCAGACUCUGACACUCUGGGGGACAAAGAAGCUUGCAGCUGCUGGCCCCGGGGCUGCCCCAAACACACCCACCAAAACCCAAGCAAGCAGAUGCACCAAAGGAUUCUUCCUGGACAAGCAGUGCUUCCUUCUCUCUGACAAUGCACAGGAGAUUGGAAAGAUCAAACAGUCAGUUGAGACUCACUUCAGCAGCCAUGGCAGAAGGGCUGUUCUCUACAGGCCUUCUUCCUCCAGCCAAAGGGAGCUUCAGCUCCACCGGAGCAUUCUCACUCAGCAUCACUAUAUGGUUGUCAUCUCUGAAGAAAGGCUCGGUGCCGACCCUGGGCUACUAGAAAAAGGUGAUUUGGACUCUUGGGAUCUGCUUAUUUGCCUCUCUUCUAGGACACCUGGUGGAAAACCCUGCAUAUCAAAGGAAGACAUGUGCCAAUUAAAUUUACAUCAAAAGGUAAACACGUUACUAGAAAUACAGCAUCAGCUUUGCAGAAAGGAAGGAUUAUGUCAACUCACUAGAAGAUUUCCAGAAUUGCAACUUCUGGUGAGCCCUUCUGUGUGUCUGAAUCAGAGCACACAAUUAAAGCUGAGGACUUCAACUCACCUCUUAAAAACACUGAAGUCGCAGAUGUGGAAACCAGGGGACUGGAGACGUGAACAGCUGAAUCAAACCACAGCCCUUGCUCCACAAGAAACACUCUUGAGAGCCAAAGAUUUAUCUGUAAUUCUUAAAGCAUAUGUACUGGUGACAUCCUUAACUCCUCUCCGUGCAUUCAUUCAUUCGACUGGCAUGGUUUGGAAUCCACCAAAGAAAAAACGCUUCACUGUCAAGCUGCAAACAUUUUUUGAGACAUUCCUGAGAGCCAGUUCACCUCUUCAGGCUUUUGAUACCAUGAAGGAAGCCAUUAGCAAACUCCUACUAGCAGCUGAAGUAUUCAGUGAAACAUCUACUCUGGGACCGAAGAUCUUCCAAAGAUGCAGAUUAUGUUUUCAACUUUUAACUUUUGAUAUUGGUUACGGCAGUGUCAGGUCCCCUGUAGUACUUCAGGUGCAUGAGCAUUUAAAUUUUCAAGAUGAUGAUGACAUGGAUUUUGAGGACCAAAACACAGAAGAAUUUCUUUUAAAAGAUACUUUCAGUUUUCUCCUGUCUAAUGACUCUUCCCUUUCCAUAUUUUCUGAGAUAUUUCAGAGACUUUAUAGAUCAGCUGUAGUUAAGGGUGAAAAUUAUCAAAAAGAGCUAAAUCGGUGCCUUUCUUUAGAGGAGAUUAACUCAAUUAUGACUUUUAUAAAGGAACUCGGGAGUUUGGGACAAUUCCAACUGCUCUUCCCAUCUACUACUCCUGGAUUUCAAUCUCUGAUUCAUGAAUUUUAUGGUAUGGCAAGUCCUAUGGGAAAACCUGGUUCCAUCCUGACUCAAUACUGGUCUCUUUUAAGUGUAUUUGAACAAUUUCAGCUCCUGAAUAAAAAGGUAGAGCUACACCCGCUGGAAUGGAAUUCUUUCACAAAGGAUGGAAACAUUAAAAAACCACGAGUACCAUUUGAUACAAUUGAAAAUAAAAAAGCUGUGGUUCCACAAAUUAUGAAUGAAACCAAAGAAAUACAUUGCCAUAAUGAUAAAGAUGCACAAUGUCAUAUCAAGCAGAUCUUCACACACCCGCGUUUGGAAUUAAGUCCUGAAUUUAACCCGAAGAUCAAAGAUUAUUACUCUGAAGUCCCAUUUGAUGUGGUAACAUUGACAGUCGGAGCAGAGACUUCCAAGAGUCAGUGCAAGGUGCACCUGCAGGAACGGGCAGGACCAAGCUUUUCCAACUAUUCUCUGGGUUUAGGGAUGAACAAAAUCUCAGUGCUUGUGGUGGAUAAAUCUCCAACUCAGGGUGAGACCCUGACCACAUACAAACUCACCAUCUAUAGAGAAGACCGUCCAAGUCUGCCCUUGUUUGAGGACUUCACAGCAUGCGGAUUUGUUCAAGAUUGUGGUUUGCUGAUUCAGCCAGAGGAAACCUGUGGGUUACAGCCUGUUUCCUCUGACUACAUUGAAGCCAUUUCACAGCCCGAACUAAAGACUUGUCCAUCUGGGGAUACAAAAGGCCAGUGGAUCGUGCCUUGCCUUAGUUGUUCAGACAAUAGGACCUGUGACUGGAGAGAAAUCACUUGGCAGCCUCACCACUGCCAAUACGGUGUCGUGACGAAGCCUCAACUCCAGCAGUGCCUGGGAGGAAGGAAGAUUCUUUUCAUUGGAGACUCAACCAACAGAGGGAUAAUGUACUAUCUGAUUGAAAGAUUAAAUGAAACCCUGCAGGAUUGGCAGAAGGUGCAUGGCACUAAAUUCUACCACAAUGUCAAUGGAGGGAAGACCUUGAUCAGUUAUUCCUACUAUCCCCGGUUUUGGAUGAGCGCUUCCUUGAGACCAACAUUUGAAAAAGCCCUUGAACAUCUCUUGCAAAGAUCAGGUCCCCUGGAGAAUACCAGCCAGACUGUAUUGGUUGUUGGUGGUGUUCAGUGGCUUAAUUCCAAUCACCUGCAAAUUAUUCACAAGGUUUUAAAAAGGGAAAACUUACUCAAUAUCCUUGUGAUCAUCAAAACGUUGGGGAUUGGAUUUCAUUUGCCAGUGGAUGGAGUGCACUUCUUAACACAGAGUGAAGUUCAGAAUUUAUGGAAAAAAAAUUUGAUUAUCCUGGAAGCUGCAAAAAAAUAUGGCUAUGAAGUGGUUGACACAUUUGCUAUAACCAUGGGGCGACACAAAGAGUUUUUGCAGGGGACAUGCGGGUGUCAUUUCCAUGAGGUGGUAAAAUCAAAGUUAUCCAAAGAGGAUCACUUUCUUAAAAUGAAACAAUCAAGAAAUCAUACUGUGGGAAAAUAUUUCAGCAAUCAAAGCAAAUUACGACAAAGACGACAAGACUCUAUGACAAAUGUUCAAUCACCAUUUCAUGUCAGAGGUCCAAUUAAUCAGGUUUGCUCCGAAAUCCUUCUCAGCAGGAUAUGUGCCAGUGAAAGAACUGUGGAGGCCCUGCAGAAGGACUGAACUUGGAAUUGGAUACAAGCCACUCCCCUGGACAAUGGUCUAAGAGCCAAAUCCUGGUCAUCAGCUAUAUUUUGGUUCUACCACACACACUCAGGCACACAGGCACACACAUAUACACUGAUGCACAUUUAGCUAAAAAAAAAAGUCAUUACACUUUUUUCUACAGCUUUAUAAAAUCAGAAUGUGCUCUUGGAAAUCAGUUGGUUUCAAGAUGAAAGACAGAACUAGAAAAA